AUGGAUGUCUACGACUACACAACCUCCAACGGCGGAACCGGCGCAAAAUUCAAGGGAUACACGACGAUUAUUGCUGGUGUUGCCUCCAUCGUCGCCACCGUCGUGUCUGUCCUCUCCAUAUGGCUCCAAGCCAAGAAUUAUCGCAAGCCGCUGCUGCAGCGCUACGUCGUUCGAAUCCUGCUCAUGGUUCCGAUAUACUCGAUAGCAUCCUGGACUAGCAUGGUCUCGCUCAAGGCCGCCCAAUUUGUCGAUCCCGUCCGUGACAUAUACGAAGCCUUCACCAUCUACACAUUCUUUCAGCUUCUAAUAAACUACCUUGGCGGCGAGAGAUCGCUCAUCGUCACGACGCACGGACGUGCACCUGUACAACACCUGUGGCCUCUCAACCAUGCACUGCCAAAAGUCGACAUUUCGGAUCCUUACACCUUCCUCUCAAUCAAGCGCGGCAUUCUACAGUAUGCCUGGCUUAAGCCAAUCCUCGCUCUAGCUGCCGUCGUCAUGAAAGCCACUGGCACAUACCAAGAGGGCUACAUUGCAGUCAGCUCUGGCUACCUUUGGAGUGGCAUCCUCUACAACAUCAGUGUCAGCGUCAGCUUGUAUUCGCUGGGCCUGUUCUGGGUCUGCAUGCAUCAAGAUUUGAAACCAUUCCGGCCAGUACCCAAAUUCCUGUCUAUCAAGCUUAUCAUAUUUGCGUCCUAUUGGCAGGGCUUUUUCCUGUCCAUUCUGGUCUGGCUCGGAGCUAUUCCAGAUGAUGUCCAGGGCUAUACUCGUGACAACCUAGCUGCGGCCAUUCAAGAUUUCUUAAUUUGUAUCGAGAUGCCAAUCUUUGCAGUGGUGCACUGGUAUGCUUUCUCGUGGUACGACUUUGCAGACAAUAGCAUACUGUCGGCUCGCAUGCCGCUUUCAAGGGCCCUUCGCGACGCCUUUGGUACCAAGGAUCUCAUCCAAGACUCAAAAGAGACGUUCACGGGCGAUAAGUACAAAUACCGUGCAUUUGACUCUGGCGACAAGGUCAUGGCGCAUGCGGAAUCAAGCUCGCGGUUCGCCAGGCUCGACGCAGGAAUGCGAUAUGAACGGGGGGGAAAGGGCAAGUACUGGCUCCCCAAGCCUGGGAAAACCCAACAAUCGCCGCUGCUUGAUAAUGGUGAGGGCGGCUCGGCCGACCAGGAAUCGCAACGUGAUGGCUCGAUGGGCACCUUUGACGAGCCUGAAAUUGACGCGGAUGAGGAGCGCAUGUACGAGCAGGCGCGUCAGCUUGAACAUGGCGAUUGGAAUUAUCCCGUCAUUACCGCGAAUGAACCGUUGAGCACUCGGUAUGGCUCUUCGUUCAGCAGCCGCGGGGCUUACUCACCUGUUCCUCGACUGAGUCCGCCCCAAAGACGCAGUCCAGCUUCACCGGCAAAGCCUGGCACCCCAAAGGCGCAAGACGGCCCUCAAGAGCCAACUGUUAUUGCUGUCAAGAAGAAGAAGACGAAGUCCAAGAAGGUUGUUGUCCAUCAUCCGGAACCCGAAGCCGAGGCGCUUCUACCAGAUGCCGAUCAGGGCGUCGAAUCGAGCGCAUCUCACACUCGAGAUGGAGCAGCAAGCCCGCCUGCGGUCGAUUUGCACAAAGACAAAGUUGCAUCUGGAGAAACCGACGACGAAAAUAGCGCACCCAAAUUUGACGUACAAGGCAGCGAGGAGUUUCGCAAUGUAUGGGGGAGUGGCAGCUGA